AUGGAUGAAGUUGCUGAGAAAUUAGUCCAACAGCUUGGUGGGUUACCUUUAGCAAGAGAGCAAACCGGAGCUUAUAUCAAAUCACUGCCUUGUACGAUACCUCAAUACCUAGAGCUUUAUGAUUCGCAGCGCCUUCGUCUUCUUAAUCGACAAAAGGCAUCGUCUGUUUCAGUGUAUGAUUCUCCUGAGAGACUAGCUGUUCGUACAACGUGGCAUCUUAAUUUCGAGCACAUCAAACAGACUGUUGAUGAUGGAAUAGCUGCCAGUAGAUUUCUCUACGCAUCCACAUUUUUAAAUCCCAAUGAGAUUCAAAACGAUAUUAUCAACAUUGGCGAACCACCCGUCGAAGAUGAAGAAUUUUGUGAAUGCGUGAAGACAACUUUGGGGCGUCAACAAGUCUUGAAACUGUUAACAGAUUUUUCACUUUUUAAGGAAACUCCAUCUUCCAACCUUAGCGUCCACCACCUAGUACAGGAGGUCAUACUGGAAAAUCUUAAUCCAGAAGAGGAGCUUAAAUCCAUUAAUGAUGCCAUUCGUAUGUUACAUUAUGCUUUCCGAAAUUGUUCUUCUCCUGACAACCUUUUUUCGAGUAAAAAAUAG